UCUGGGAGAGAUGUGGACAUUCAAAGAUAUAGGAAAGACUCUGAAUGUGCAGAGAGGAAGAGCAGUGGCAAAUCGGAACUGCAGGAAUUAUGAGGAACCCAGCCACCCAUACAUGGUGGGGGAUGAGGUGGUGGUGGAAACACUGAAGAAAGGAAGAGCUCAAGGUGAUUUUGUAUAUGGCCCACCUACUUCCGUGGUUGCAGUAACCAGAAAAGCUGUGCUGACUGAACAAUCUCCAAUUUGGAUCCACGCCACCCGAGUGAAGCUUGCGAGAGAAAGAGAGGAAGAAGGACAGGAGGUACUAACGGGGGCAGACAGCCCUGACCUCCAACGAGGCCCAGAGGCACUAACGGAGGCAGACAGCCUUGACCUCGAAGAAGAUACAGUAGGGGUACUAACGGAGGCAGACAGCCUUGACCCCCAACAAGAUGACACAGUCAGGAGAUUCUUCGAGAUGGCUGAGAUGCAGUACCUUGAUAAUUGCAAUUUUGUGUCUCCUAUUCACUGUCCCAUGGCUGUGGAACAGACAGACAUACCUGAAAACGGAAUGCAGAGGGGAAGACAAUCUGUGGAAGACAAAGGAGAACUUAUGGCUGUACCUGGCCAAAACUCUGAACUUAACUGAUUUCUGUCUCCGAACCACUUUCUCUGCAUCU